AUUUCAAUUUUUCCCAUCUUCAAAAUCCCUACUUUCAUUGAAUCCCAUAUUUUUCUGUGAAAAUUAUAUUGGAAACCCCAAGUUGGUAUUCUGGAAAAGCUAGAAUUUUCAUUCAUUUGGUGAAUAUUUUUCUUGCUGUGAUAGUAUUACCUUUUUUUGUUUUUGUUUUCUUGGCCAUGGAGGUUUCGGUGAUUGGUAGUUCUCAAGCGAAGCUGGGAAAGUCCGAUUUGGCGUUUAGGGAAGUGGGUUUUUGUAAUCUGAGGGAUAAUUUCAGGUUUUCGAAUGAUAGAGUUAGUUUUGGUCGGAAUAUGAGGUGGAAGAAGGCUGGGAUAAGCUUCACCUUGAAAGCUCUUCAGUAUGAACCUGUUCAAGAGGAGAAGAAGCGAUCUGGGUCUGGAACAAGAUCCAAACUGGUGAAUGGUGUAAGAUUAUUUGUGGGGCUGCCCUUAGAUGCAGUUUCUCGUGACUGCAAUUCAAUAAACAAUGCUAGAGCAAUUGCAGCUGGCCUAAAAGCUUUGAAGCUAUUAGGAGUUGAAGGUGUUGAGCUACCUGUUUGGUGGGGAAUUGUUGAGAAAGAUGCCAUGGGAAAAUAUGAUUGGUCAUGCUAUCUUGCUAUUGCUGAGAUGGUUCAGAAAGUGGGUCUCAAGCUCCAUGUGACGCUUUGCUUUCAUGGGUCUAAAAAUCCAAAUAUCCCUCUACCCAAAUGGGUGUCCCAGAUUGGUGAAUCUCAACCAAAUAUUUUCUUUACAGACCGUUCAGGACAGCAUUAUGAAGAAUGCCUAUCACUGGCAGUUGAUAAUCUUCCUGUUCUUGAUGGGAAGACUCCAGUCCAAGUGUACCAGAGUUUCUGUGAGAGCUUCAAGUCUUCCUUCUCUCCAUUCAUGGGUUCUACAAUCACGAGCAUUUCCAUGGGUUUAGGACCAGAUGGUGAGCUACGGUAUCCAUCUCACCACCCACAACAUGGUAAUAUGAAAACUCAAGUAGUUGGGGAAUUCCAGUGUUAUGACCAAAACAUGCUCAGCUUUCUCAAGCAACAUGCUGAAGCUUCUGGAAAUCCUUUAUGGGGGCUUGGUGGUCCACAUGAUGCACCUACCUAUGACCAGUCACUAUACUCCAAUAACUUUUUCAAGGAUGGGGGUUCUUGGGAGUCUACAUAUGGUGACUUCUUCCUUUCCUGGUAUUCUAAUCAGCUCAUAACUCAUGGAGAUUGCCUCCUUUCAUUAGCAGCUUCUACUUUAGGUGACACUGGUGUGACAAUAUAUGGAAAAAUCCCACUCAUGCACUCUUGGUAUGGAACUCGAUCCCAUCCUUCCGAGCUAACAGCAGGGUUCUAUAACACAGCUAAGAGGGAUGGUUAUGAAGCAGUUGCAGAGAUGUUUGCUAGGAACUCAUGCAAAAUGAUAUUACCUGGAAUGGACCUUUCAGAUGCAAAUCAGCCAAAUGAAAAUCAUUCCAGCCCUGAGCUGUUACUUGCACAAAUUAUGACAGCUUGCAGAAAGCACGGGUUGAAGGUUUCGGGUCAAAAUUCUUCAGAGUCUGGUGCUCCUGGGGGUUUCGAACAAAUCAAGAAGUAUUUAUCAGUGGAUAAUGUGCUGGACUUGUUCACAUAUCAUAGAAUGGGAGCAUAUUUCUUUUCCCCAGAGCAUUUUCCUUCAUUCACCGAGUUUGUUCGGAGCCUUAAUCAACUAGAGUUGCAUUCAGAUGAUCUGCCGAUUUCUGAUGAAGAAGGUGCUGAAUAUGCGGUUAGAAGCCAAGAAUCAAGCGUGAGCAUGCAAACAGCCUAAUUGUUGUAAAUUUGUAAUGAUGAUAAUCAUGUAUAUUUGUAUAUAACUAUUUUCUAUACCCUUGAAUGAGAUGAGACUGAGGACAUGUUAUUAGGUAAGCUUAAGAUGAGGAUACCUUCCUGCUUUAACCUCGAGCAGAGUUACAUUACAAGCAUUCCUUAUAACAUAGCCAAGGUGGGUGGCAGAGCAGUUGACCUUUUUGUUA